AUGCACGGGUCGCGGGUGAACCGGCCGCACUCCAGCAUGUUGACUCUAUCAGGCACACGACUCAAAUCUUCCACAUUGCAGCGACUCCCAAGCCUGAUUGCUGGCAGUGCACCUAUUACAUCCCAAAUGGAUAUAUUGAAAGGAGAGUCGCACGUUGGUGACCACUUCCUCACAAACAAGCAACUAGAACUUGUAUACCGCUCCAACAUCCAUUCUGGUCUUAAAGAGACUUUCGCCGCUGAACUAUUAGAAAGUAAUGGACCUAAUGUUCUCCUGGAGCUCCAUGGUACAAGUAUGUGGAAAAUAUUUCGGAGCAAUCUGUUUGGAUGGUUUCAGUGUAUUCUGUGGGCUGGUGCAAUUCUAAACUUUAUUGCUUAUUUCGGUUCUAGCUAUUUGGACGUAGGAGAAGACCAUGGUGGCCACUCCACUAAAGAAUAUUUAUAUUUAGGAACGGUGAUAACCUUUACUAUAUUAGGCACAGGUCUAUUUGGUUUCUAUCAGGAAGCCAAGAAUAUUGCUGUCAUGAGCGGCUUUGAAAAAUUAGUACCGCCCGAUGCUGUAGUAAUUAGAGAGUCAAAGAGAAAAGUGAUACCCAAUACCGAACUGGUAGUCGGUGAUAUCGUUGAAAUGAAAAGUGGAGAUAUAGUACCAGCUGAUAUUCGAAUUCUCACCUGCACUAAUUUUACUACCGAUAAGUCAUCUUUAACUGGAGAAUCUGAACCCGUUCGGCACAGACCUGAGUGCACCAAUUCAAACCCACUAGAAUCAAAAAAUAUGUUGUAUUUCGGUUGUCCUGUUCUGGACGGCGUCGCUAAAGGCAUGGUGGUGGCAACCGGAGAAAAAACUCAAAUAGGAACAAUAGCCGGUUUAGUAACAGGACUAGAGAAAGAGAAAACACCUAUUGCCAAAGAAAUAACAUACUUCGUUAAAAUUAUAUGUGGUGUAGCAUUCUUUUUUGGUGCAAUAUUUUUCUUUAUGGUAUAUAUUAUACAGAAGAGCUGGCUAACUGCAUUACAGUAUAUGUUAGGAAUUAUAUUGGCGAAUGUUCCUGAGGGUCUUUUAGUAACAUUAACAGUUUGCAUGACCUUAUCGGCAAAAGCUCUGAAGUCAAAAAACUGCCUAGCAAAAACCUUACAAGCUGUUGAAACAUUAGGAUCUACGUCGUGUAUUUGCUCUGAUAAAACUGGUACAAUGACCCAAAAUCGGAUGUCAGUGUCUCAUUUAUAUUCUAAUUACGAAAUACUAGAUUGGAAAAAUUAUGUACACGUUUCUGACUCCACCUAUGCAACUCUAUGUUUAGCCGCUUCACUAAACCUAAAAGCUGAAUUUUCUGAUGACGCUAUGAAUGAAUCAAUUGAUAAAAGGAAAAUAAUAGGUGAUGCAUCUGAGUCAGCUAUAUUACGGUAUAUGGAAGCGCAUCGUUCGGCAACUAAAAUUCGUAAGGACAAUCCUAAGGCAGCAGAAAUACCAUUCAGCUCAGCUUUUAAAUAUCAAGUUACUAUUCAUCGAAUGCAAGCGACGCAGAGUUAUUACUUAAUAAUGAAGGGAGCACCAGAAAUCAUUCUAGAGUACUGCUCUAAAGUCCACACUAACGACGGUUUAACUCCUAUCACUCCUAUGAUAAAAAAAGAGCUAAAGACACAUUUAAUGAAAAUGGCAAACAUGGGCGAACGCGUAAUUGGAUAUUGUGACUUGAGGUUACCUCCGGAGGCUUAUCCUAUAGGUUACCCCUUUGAUACUCUUGAACGCAACUUCCCGUUAGAAGAUCUUCAUUUUAUUGGAGCAAUAUCUUUGAUUGAUCCACCGAGACAUAAUAUUGCAAAGUCUAUUGCUUUAUGUAAACAAGCGGGAAUAAGGGUAGUGAUGGUCACUGGAGAUCAUCCUGUAACAGCGUUAGCUAUAUCUCGACAGUGUGGAACUAUCACAUUACCAACUGCAUACGAUUAUGCUUUUGAACAUCACAUCGAAAUAGCAGACAUACCACAGCAUGUAAUAAAUAUGUUUUCAGCUGCGGUCAUCACUGGAGAGGAACUUCGUAAAAUGAGUAUUCAUGAUUUAAAAGAAGCACAAAAUAAGUACUCUGAAAUAACUUUUGCUAGAACCAGUCCUCAGCAGAAACUGUUUAUAGUCGAGACGUUUCAGUCAUCAAAACACGUCGUGGCUGUAACGGGGGACGGCGUAAACGACUCACCUGCAUUGAAGAAGGCCGAUAUUGGCAUAGCUAUGGGGAUCGCCGGAACUGAAGUUUCUAAGAAAGCGGCAGACAUGAUCUUACUUGACGAUAAUUUUGCGUCCAUUGUAUUAGGGGUACAAGAAGGCAGAAGAAUUUUUGACAAUUUAAAGAAAACAAUCGCUUAUACACUUACUUCAAACACCCCUGAGAUGCUACCUUUCGUACUAUACGCUUGCGUGGGCAUGCCCUUGCCUAUGACACUGAUGCUGAUUUUAGUUAUCAAUGUAGGUACAGAUCUACUGCCUGCUAUGAGUUUAGCAUACGAGGAUUCCGAGGAAGAUAUAAUGUCUCAUCCUCCACGGAAGCCAACCGACCAUCUGGUCAAUCAUGCGUUGAUUUUCAUAGCUUAUUUCCAAGUAGGCUUGAUACAGUUUUUUGGUGGCUUGUAUUCUUACUUUGUUGUGUUUGCAAGAGAUGGUUUUUUUCCUUCAAGUUUAAUGUUCGUUCGUAAAGAGUGGGAGUCUAACAAACUGUUGGUGACAGAUAGUUUAGGUCGUGAGUGGAAUUUUAUUGACAGAAAAAAGAUAGAAAGGAAGGCGCAGACUGCCUAUUUUGUUGCGUUUGAUCCAACAAUGCCGACGCACGGGGGUCAAGGCGGGCGGGUCAACCGCCGGCGGUCCAGCAUGAUGUCCCUAUCAGUUACCAGGAUCCACUCGUCCACGCUUCAGCGACUGCCGAGUCUAAUCGUGGGCAGUGCACCCGUUAGUUCCCGGAUGGACGUCUUGAAGGAAGAGAAUCACACUGGCGACCACUUUCUCACACCUACCCAACUGGAAGUUGUAUACCGCUCCAAUGUGAAUACUGGUCUAACCGAAAGCUUUGCCGCUGAACUCCUAGAGACUCAUGGGCCCAAUGCCCUUGUAGAGCUCCAUGGCACAAGUAUGUGGAAAGUCUUUCGUCAUAAUCUUUUUGGAUGGUUUCAGUGUGUUCUUUGGGCUGGGGCAAUCCUUAAUUUUAUAGCUUACUUUGGGUCUAGCUAUAUUGACUCCGGACAUGAAGAAGGUGGCCAUACCGCUAAAGAAUAUCUCUAUUUAGGAACGGUCAUAACUUUUACGAUAGUCGGCACUGGUCUAUUUGGUUUUUAUCAGGAAGCAAAGAAUAUAGCCGUUAUGAGUGGUUUUGAGAAAUUAGUACCUCCCAAUGCUGUUGUAAUAAGGGAGUCAAUAAAGAAAGUGAUACCCAACGUCGACUUAGUCAUAGGAGAUAUAGUUGAAAUGAAAGGUGGAGAUAUAGUGCCAGCUGAUACCCGGAUUCUUACAUGCUCUAAUUUUAAUACUGAUAUGUCAUCUUUGACUGGAGAAUCCGAACCAAUCAAACAUAGACCUGAAUGCACUCACUCCAAUCCUCUGGAGUCAAAAAACAUGGUGUACUUUGGUUGUCCCAUCAUUGAAGGUACCGCUAAAGGCAUGGUUGUUGCGACCGGAGAAAAUACUCAAAUGGGCAGAAUUGCUGGUUUAGUAACAGGAUUGCAGAAGGAAGAAACACCAAUUGCUAAAGAAAUAACACAUUUUAUUAAGUUAAUAUGCAGUGUAGCAUUUGUUUUUGGGGUAAUAUUUUUUCUAAUGGUAUAUUUUAUUCAAGGAAGUUGGCUUUCAGCUCUGCAGUAUAUGCUGGGUAUUAUUUUAGCCAAUGUGCCUGAAGGUUUAAUAGUAACAUUAACAGUUUGUAUGACAUUGUCGGCCAAGGCACUGAAGGCAAAGAACUGCUUAGCCAAAACAUUACAAGCUGUGGAGACGUUAGGAUCCACUUCAUGCAUUUGUUCCGAUAAAACUGGCACUUUGACCGAAAACCAGAUGACAGUAUCUCACUUAUAUUGCAAUUUCGAAAUACUCGACAAAAAUGAUCAUACACAUGUAUCUAACCCGACAUAUGCGACUUUAUGUUUAGCCGCUUCACUAAAUCUAAAAGCUGAAUUUACUCAUGACACUAUGAACGAACCAAUUGAAAAACGGAAAAUACUUGGUGAUGCGUCUGAAUCAGCAAUACUACGGUACAUGGAAGCUAAUCGUUCAGCAACUCAAGUUCGUAAUGAGAAUCCUAGAGCAGCAGAAAUACCGUUUAGUUCAGCUUAUAAAUAUCAAGUCACUAUUCAUAGCAUGCAAGCGACGAAGAGUUACUAUUUGAUCAUGAAAGGAGCACCAGAAAUUGUUUUAGAGUACUGCUCUAGACUCCACACUGAUAACGAUCUUCAACAGCUUACACCUAUAAUAAAGAAAGAGCUUAAAGCACAUUUCAUUAAAAUGGCAAACAUGGGCGAACGCGUGAUUGGGUAUUGUGACCUAAAGUUACCACAGGAGUCCUACCCAAUAGGCUACGCAUUUGAUACUCAAAAACGUAACUUUCCAGUGGAAGAUCUUAAUUUCAUUGGGGCUAUAUCUAUGAUUGAUCCACCUAGAAAAAAUGUUGCACAAUCUAUUGCCUUGUGUAGACAAGCGGGUAUAAAAGUGGUGAUGGUUACUGGAGAUCAUCCUGUAACAGCAUUAGCUAUAUCUCGGCAGUGUGGUACUAUCACUCUGCCCACUGCGUACGAUUAUGCCUUUGAACAUCACAUUGAACUAGCUGAUGUACCGCAUCAUGUAAAAAAUAUGUUCGCUGCGGCAGUCAUUACUGGAGAUGAACUUCGUAAAAUGAGUGUUAAUGAUUUAAAAGCGGCUCAAAAAAAGUAUGCUGAAAUUACAUUUGCACGGACUAGUCCGCAACAGAAACUGUUCAUAGUUGAGACAUUCCAAUCACUGAAACACGUUGUAGCUGUGACAGGUGACGGCGUUAACGACUCACCAGCAUUGAAGAAGGCCGAUAUUGGCAUAGCUAUGGGGAUCGCCGGAACUGAAGUUUCUAAGAAAGCGGCAGACAUGAUCUUACUUGACGAUAAUUUUGCUUCCAUUGUGUUAGGGGUACAAGAAGGCAGAAGAAUUUUUGACAAUUUAAAGAAAACAAUCGCUUAUACGCUUACUUCAAACACCCCUGAGAUGCUACCUUUCGUACUAUACGCUUGCGUGGGCAUGCCUUUGCCUAUGACACUGAUGCUGAUUUUAGUUAUCAAUGUAGGUACAGAUCUACUGCCUGCUAUGAGUUUAGCGUACGAGGAUUCCGAGGAAGAUAUAAUGUCCCAUCCUCCACGCAAAGCAACAGACCACCUUGUUAAUAAAGUACUGAUUUUUAUGGCAUACUUCCAAGUGGGGCUCAUUCAGUUCUUUGCUGGAUUGUAUGCUUACUUUGUUGUGUUUGCACAGGACGGUUUCUUUCCUUCAAGUUUGAUGUUCAUUCGUAAGGAAUGGGAAGCUCAUAAAUCAUUGGUGAAAGAUACUUUAGGUCGUGAGUGGGCUUUUAAGGAUAGAAAAAGGAUCGAACGCAAGGCUCAAACAGCAUAUUUUGUAGCGGUGUGCUGGACCCAGAUAUCUGAUGUAAUCAUUUGUAAAACUAGACGAAUAUCACUUAUGAAGAAAGGAAUGCGUAACCAAGUACUGAACUUAAGUAUUCUUAUCGAUUUAAUUGCAGCGGCCAUCGUCACGUAUGUACCUCUUUGUCAUGAAGUAUUCAGUACGGAGCCGCUAUCUUGGCACGAUUUUAUUUCAGCGUGGCCUUUCAUGUUUCUAAUGAUAUGUGGCGAUGAAUUAAGACGUUAUCUUAUAAGGAAUAACAUUUCCCAAUGGGUAGAAGCAGAAACUUAUUACUAA